ACAUACGUGCUCCGAAGCGCCGCAAACAGAACAGCAGCUGUGAUGACUGUCGUCGGGCCCGAGUUGGCUGUGAUGCUUCUGACUUGGCUGGAGAUUCUCGAGUCGGAACCGUGCCUUGCUCUCGUUGUAAAGACCGGAAGCGAACUUGCACCUUUAACGUCAGUGAAAGUCCCCACAACCCCAUGGGUGUACAAUCCUAACAAUCGAGUCACGGGACCCCUGCAGGCCACUGCCGAUUCGACUACGCUGAUAUCCACAGCUAAGCAUGGGAACUCUGUACACGAAUUCUCCACAUGGCCCAAUCCGUCUGAGAUGGGCUUACAGUUGCAAAAGCUAUACUGGGAUACAUUUGACCCAUUAUUUACUUCUUGGGUUGCUGGCGCGUGCAAUUUCUACGACAGUCCAGGCCUCGAUUAUAACGGUCUAAGCAUCUUCGAUCUCUGCGUCAAGCUAGAUCGCGAAAUAAACUCCAUUGAGCAAGACCCCGGUGAUAUUCCCUCGGGGAGGCAACAGGCAUUAGGGUCCUCUGAGAAGAAAGAGAUAGAAGCCAGAGCAGUUGCCAUUACAACGAUCCACUGCUUUUGCGUACGAUGGCUUUCCGUUAUUUACCCUGAGCUACGAAAGACCCCAUUGAACGCAUGGCAUGAGCAUAUGAUGCGCGCUCUAUGGCGUAAGUCUCGAAAGUUCAUGUUGAAAGCCAUCAAUGUAAGGUCCUAUCAGUCUGUAUUCUCUCUUAUUCUAUUUGGUCUUACUCCUGUCCCUAUCGGCGUAGGAGAGGACGAGGAGAUGGAAGGUUUGUCAGGCUCACUUUGCUUUCAAGUAGCGUUACACCAUAUUUACAGCCUCAGAUGCCGGCGUGAGACAUUGAAAUUUUCGACAUCCAAAGUGAUAACAAAAGAUUCAACAGUAACGUCUCAUGUGUCGGAUCAUAGUAUCACUGGUAUGCAAUGCUACUCAAAUCUUCAUUAUGAGAACAUGAUGUACGCUGCUGGCAUCGUUAUCGACACGACGUCCUCUGUUACACUCGACUAUAAGCCCGUUCUGGCUGUCGGAAACCUAGGGAUGGAUAAGGAGCUUUUUUUCGAAGUGAUAAAGACUAGAGCUUCUAUCACUCACGAAAGAUGGCAGAAAGGGUUGCUGCUUCAAGCCUCAACGAUAGGCGAUACUGAAGCGGACGAAAUAAACAUGUGUGCUAGCCAAUGGAAGCUUUAUUUGUGGAAGGCUGUGGCUGCUCUGAAAGAGGCGCUACGAGAUGGUUGCAGUGAAGACCUUAUUCAUGCUGCUUUCAGCGCCGUUCUCUGUGCCAUGGAACGAUUCCGACUUACAUAUGGUCCUAUGUUGGAGGCUUGUAUGUGUCGGUUGGAUUUUUUGGGCAUUAGACAAAGAUUCAACUCUUGGCUACUUAUGUGCCACUGGUAUCUUGGCGUACUUCUUUUGGUCGACGCCAUCGAAGCAUCUGAGAGGCCCGAUCUCCUUUCUCAAUUGAAUUUAGCGCGAGACGACGCAGUGCAAGGUGCAAUUAAUGGCUUUAAGAUCGGAUCAACGAGUCGUUAUGUUUUCUCGGAUGUGAUUUCCCUGGCCGGCCGCCAGACGAGAAAGGCUCAAUGCCCCCUCCUGGCUAUUGAUCCUUACCCCGUUCAUACCAUCGCAAGUAGUCAUUUGGUUUUGAGGAUCAUCACGAAAGAUCAUGAAGACGGAAAGAUCACUGUGGAGGCAUUUGAAACCCUUUUGGAAAUUAUCUCCAAUGCAUUGGAACACCUCCCGGGAACGUCUCACUCGGUCGAGGUGGCUCGACAACAUGUCCGAUCUGUGCAACUGAGUCUCGGAAACCAAAUUUCAGCCAUUCCAAAUACCAAUACAGAUGAUCAGGACUGGCAAGACGCUAACCCCGGCCCGACACUCUUGUUUUCAAAUUCAAUGUCCGACAAUCUUUCUAUUGUAAGCGACGGCCAGAUGGAGGAAUAUAUCACAUUGCUUUAUACUGCUUUCUAA